AUGUUAUCUCGACCUCUGUGCCGCGGCUCGGCCCAAAAGAUAGCUUCUUACUUUGGUCUCGUCAAGAACUCGUGCGGUCUAAUCACUCUUCCUCAGGAAGUCUUGGAGAUGAUUCUUGCCGACCUGGACUGGAAGGAUGUGCUCAACGUACGCGUGACUUGUAAACUUCUGUGUACCGCCUUCCGAUCGCGAUCUGUUUGGCGUGCCCAAUACCAACGGGUGUCCGACAGCUAUGACACCCCUUUGAAUGCGAAGGAUCGCACGGCGACUUACACCGAACUUGAGCGCGACACCUUGCACUGGGCUCGAUUACAACACAGUUGGGGGUCUCGGCCGAAACCCCCAACACAACGUCUAUUAUGCGAGUGUUCUGCCGUCCAGAUACAUCUCGUUCACGGAGGUCGGUGGCUUUUAGCCUCCACCGAUUAUCCUUGUCUCGAACUUUACGACCUUGAUUCGCUAAAUGGCCGACGCCGCAUCUUAAUUCGCUCACAAGACAAGCAUGACGAGCAAGUUAGAACCUUCGUUGUCGACGAGGUGAGGAUGACGCCGCCCAACGUUGACAUGUUCAUCGCCCUUAAUCACUGUGAAAUCACUGACGAGCCGCUCAUGAGGAUAUCCAUAUGGAGAAUCACCAGCGGGCCAGAUGAUCAUACUCUUCUGGCUCAUCAUAUCACUUCCUUUAACACAUACACGACAGGCGUAUGCGUAGAUAUGGACCUGCGAGGGGAUUACCUUGCGACGAAUGGGCGUUCUCCAAACCACAUAGAUAUCUACGACUGGCGGCGUUCGUCAUCUCUAGUCCAUCACAAGGCUACAAUUGCUCUUGGUCAAAAAAACGCGGUCAAAUCUAUUCGUAUUCUCUCCGGACAACGAAUUCUUACAUUUGAAUGGGGAGUUGUGAGAAUCUACGCAGUAGAUGCAUCCAAAUUCCGUCCAAUACCAGGAAGGCAGCCCGUGGUCGCUCCUCUGACCAUGCCUCUGCACACUCUACAUCUCCCAGGGAUGGACCCCUAUCUUCUCUGUCCCCUUCAUCUUGACCGUCUGGGCACUGCUUCCUUGUACCUCGCUUGCGCCCAUGCAGUGGUCAAGUUGACUGUUCCAUAUGAUGACCAACCACUGAUAGUGGCGGAUUGUCUCGCUUACAAUGAAGGUCGACCUUGGACCUGGGCCAUUACUCUCCACCGGGCGUACUUUCGCAAGGGUACAACAGCUACGGCCGUCUUGCUUGCCCGCGGUUUUGAUGAAAAUUGCACUCAAGUUUGGGAUAUUGUAGAUCGUAAUUAUGACGCAGGCCCACUCGUUGAUGACUACUCAGGUCGGAUCGUUGAGCGAGCAAGGAUGAACUACAAGAUUGUAGUCUUUCUCAGAUCUGUGUCGUGA